AUGGGCGACUGGAGUUUCCUGGGGAACAUCUUGGAGGAGGUGAACGAGCACUCCACGGUCAUCGGCAGAGUCUGGCUCACCGUGCUUUUCAUCUUCCGCAUCCUCAUCCUCGGCACGGCCGCAGAGUUCGUCUGGGGGGAUGAGCAGUCGGACUUCGUGUGCAACACGCAGCAGCCGGGCUGCGAGAACGUCUGCUACGACGAGGCCUUCCCCAUCUCGCACAUCCGCCUCUGGGUCCUGCAGAUCAUCUUCGUGUCCACGCCGUCCCUGAUGUACGUGGGGUACGCGGUGCACCACGUGCGCAUGGAGGAGAAGCGCAAGGACCGCGAGGCGGAGGAGCUGUGCCAGCAGUCGGGGGGCAACGGUGGCGACAGGGUGAAUCCGGACCAGGGCAGCAUCAAGAAGAGCAGCAGCAGCAGCAAAGGCACCAAGAAGUUCCGGCUGGAGGGGACCCUGCUGAGGACCUACAUCUGCCACAUCGUCUUCAAGACCCUCUUUGAAGUGGGCUUCGUAGUGGGCCACUAUUUCCUCUACGGUUUCCGGAUCCUGCCCCUCUACCGCUGCAGCCGGUGGCCCUGCCCCAACGUGGUGGACUGCUUCGUGUCCCGGCCCACCGAGAAAACCAUCUUCAUCCUGUUCAUGUUGUCUGUGGCCUCUGUGUCCCUGUUCCUCAAUAUUAUGGAGGUGAGCCACCUGGGCCUGAAGGGCAUCCGCUCUGCCUUCAAGAGGCCUGUAGAGCAGCCGCUGGGAGAGGUCCCCGAGAAAUCCCUCCACUCCAUUGCUGUUUCCUCCAUUCAGAAAGCCAAGGGCUACCAGCUCCUAGAAGAGGAGAAAAUCGUGUCCCACUAUUUCCCCCUGGGUGACGUUGGGAUGGUGGAGACCAGCCCACUUUCUGCCAAGCCUUUCAGUCAGUUCGAGGAGAAGAUCAGCACAGGACCCCUAGGGGACUUGUCCCGCGGCUACCAAGAGACACUGCCUUCCUACGCUCAGGUGGGGGCACAGGAAGUGGAGGGGGAGGGACAGCCUGUGGAGGAGGGAGCGGAAGCAGAGGUGGCAGAGAAGGAGCAGGAAGCAGAGAGGGUGACCACAGAAGGGCAGGAGACGGUGGCAGUGCCAGAAGGGGAGAAAGUAGAGACCCCCGGAGUGGGGAAAGAGGGUGAGAAAGAAGAGCUGCAGGCCGAGAAGGUAUCAAAGCAAGGGCUGCCGGCAGAGAAGGCACCUUCGCUUUGUCCAGAGCUCACGGUAGAUGACACCAGACCUCUGAGCAGGCUGAGCAAAGCCAGCAGCCGGGCCAGGUCAGACGAUCUAACCAUAUGA